GUGCGGAGGGGCGGGGUGGCACCUGCCGGAGAGCAAGGCGACCCGGCUGCAGCGCUGAGCCUCGGGACGGGAAAACCCAGGUGCUCUCUGUGGAUGUGCGUCCUGACGCGGCAGCUGAUGCGAAUGGGCACAAUGCCCCGAGGCCCCUGAGCUGAAAGGGGCCAGACAGAGGCCGGCAUGGGCCCCGAGCUGCCCGCGCCUUGGCUGCUACUCUUCACCUGGCUCCCUGCAGGAUGCCUGACAUUGCUGGUGACAGUCCAGGACACAGAACGCUAUGUCACCCUGUUUGCCUCUGUUACCCUCAAAUGUGACUAUACCACCUCUGCCCAGCUCCAGGACGUGGUGGUGACAUGGCGCUUCAAGUCCUUCUGCAAGGACCCCAUCUUCGACUACUUCUCUGCCUCAUACCAGGCAGCAUUAUCUCUGGGCCAAGACCCCUCCAAUGAUUGCAAUGAUAACCAGAGGGAAGUGCGCAUCGUGGCCCAGCGGAGGGGGCAGAAUGAGCCGGUGUUGGGGGUGGAUUACCGACAGCGCAAGAUCACCAUCCAGAACCGAGCAGAUCUUGUGAUUAAUGAAGUGAUGUGGUGGGACCACGGAGUGUAUUACUGCACCAUUGAGGCUCCUGGGGACACGUCUGGAGACCCAGAUAAGGAGGUCAAGCUCAUCGUCCUGCACUGGCUGACGGUGAUCUUCAUCAUCCUGGGAGCUGUCCUCCUGCUGCUUCUGAUUGGAAUAUGCUGGUGCCAGUGCUGCCCACAGUACUGCUGCUGCUAUGUCCGCUGCCCCUGCUGCCCUACCCGCUGCUGCUGCCCCGAGGAAGCCCUGGCCCGCCACCGCUACAUGAAGCAGGCUCGGGCCAUAGGUCCUCAGAUGAUGGAAAAACCUCUGUUCUGGGGUUCGGACAGGAGCUCCCAGGUCUCAUCUUAUGCAAUGAACCCGCUGCUGCAGCGAGAUUUGUCCUUAAGAUCCAGCCUCCCUCAGAUGCCAAUGACUCAAACCGCCACUCACCCUGCCAUCGCCAAUGGUGUCCUGGAGUACUUGGAGAAGGAACUGCGGAACUUCAACCCAGCGCAGCCUCUGCCUCCCGACUUCAAAGCCAGAUCUGGCCACCCCUGCAGCGUGCUGUCCUCCCUGGGCUCUGAGGUUGUAGAACGCAGAGUCAUCCGCCUGCCUCCACUGGUCAGAGACCUGCCGCCCUUGAGAAGGACCAGUGACACAUCACACCAGCAGUGGCCUAACUCUGUUCCUUCCAGAUCCUGGGAUCUGAGGGAGGGAAGAAGGCAGUGUCAUUACUCAGAUUUCCACCAGGAGCUCCAGGACCCAGGGUCAAGAUUCUGGGCAUCUGGGAGAAGGGAGCUGGACCACCCAGGGAGGGGAAGGCACUACUACUCCAGGCGGCAUGGGUCACCUGCAGCUUGGUCAGACCCGGACAGCCUCAGCGAUGGUCCCUCAUCCAGUGAAGCACAUUGGCGGCCCACUCAUUAUCUUCCCAGGAGCCACCACAGGGAGAGACCCCACAGGGCCAGCCCGGAGGAGGACCGCCGGAGGGUGAGGAGACGCCGGCCCCGCAGCUACUCGCCUCCCAUGCCCUCUGGCCUCAGUUCCUGGAGCUCUGAUGAGGAGGAGAAGGAGGCACUGCCCAGAGACAGGGGCUCCCGAAGAUACCAUGGCCAUUCCCGUUCCCCAAACUGGCCUGAGGAGAAGCCACCCAGCUACCGAUCACUGGAUGUCACUCCAGGCAAGAAUGGCAGGAAAAAUGGGAAUGUGGAGAGGCGCUCGCGUUUUAAGGCCUGAAACAAUCCUUCCAACCAACCAACAGAUAGAACAUGAGUGUGAACACAUUAUUGGUCAAAAUUAUGCCAACUGCCCCAAUCUGAGGUCUAACUCAUGGUGCACUGAUAAUAGCAGUUUCAUAAAGGAUGGCAUUGGGGGAGCAGGCUAUGCCACAGACAGCUCCACCCAGGUCACUGAAGCAAGAAGACUAACCCAGGACCUCUGCCUAAAAGACAGAACCUGAUGCCCUCAUCCAGGCUCUCCUACUUACCUGGGGGAAGAAGAUCGAUAUGUCCUGUUGGCCUACAUGCACAUGCAGCCAUCUGGAAAGAAAGAGGGCUUUUGCUAGCCACAAGUCUCCAAUAAAACAUGGACCAGUAAUCCUCAACCUCCUUAAAAAAGUAAUUCUCCCAAGUGAGGUAGAAGUUGUCCACUGUGAAGGACAUCAAGCCUCCAUGGACUCUAUAUCUCAAGUAAAUUUGUAAAAAUGAUUCCACUGCCAAACAGCCUGCUUGUCAAUAUAAUUCUGACCCAUCAACAACUCCACCUAUAGUCUCAUUCCAAGAUCCUGACUUAGAACCAGGAUAUCCUAUAGAAGAGC